CGUAGACAAAGCCCGUCAAAAACUACGUUAGAAAGCAACACGAUUUUGAAGGACUGUUCACGUUAAAGCAAUAUGUGAAGAUUUAUUCAUGUUGUCCACCCAGGCGUUGACUGUGAAUAAUGAUUGGGCAGUGCAGAAAUGAAUUCUUUUGAAAGAGCCGUAGAUUAUGCAGAGUAUUUGGUAGAGUUAAGUAAACAGAAUCCUGCAGCAUUACUGAGCAGUCCUGUCAGCACAUCUAGUAAAGGGAAAUCUAUUCACCAGAAAUUGUUGGAGCUGUAUAUUGAGGAAACCGGAAAGCAGUCUGAAGAAAAGAAAUUACAAUGUAACACACAUUUACUGAAAAAGUUAGUGCGUAGAGAAAAAUUGAACUGCCUGAUACUGAACCUGUAUCCUGGCAACGAUGGAUACUCUCUAAUGUUGAGGAGUAAAACUGGUGUGGAAACAGAGACAUGCAAGCUUCCUUAUGAGGUUACAGAACUAUUAGACUACAUUGAUGAUUCAGAGCUUCCACCUUUCCUUGUUGAUGUACUGGAGAAGGCUCAGGUGAAUGUAUUUUACAAUGGGUGUGUGAUAGUGGAGGUUCGAGAUUUCAGACGAGCCACCAAUGGGACAUUUGAUAUGCAGUAUGUUCUUCUCAAACCGAACACUCAGACUUUGUUAAGUGACAUCAACAACUUGACAAAUGAUGGCAAUGUUUGGACCCAGGAGGAUCUGUUUAUGUUGGAAAGUAAGUUACUCCUGGCUACAGAGGAGCCGCUCUGUCUGGAUCCGUCCCCGGCCGUGGUCCUUGUGGCUAACAGGCAACAGUAUGACAGGAAGAAACUCAACACUCCAUUACUGAAAAGGUAUGUGAGGAAGUACAACCAGGGUGCAGCAAACAGGAAGAGGAAGUUUGCUGUGUGUAGUGCACCCAGUGAACUCAAGCUGCAUGAUUUCAUCAGCAAAAAGAAAGAUAAGAAAACCUCUACCAGUGUUAAAUUUGGAAAAUAUACUGUGGACAGCUGGAAACAGAAUCCUGUAGCACUGACAGCUCCAGAAAGUGUAGAUGUGGAAAAAUUUGCUAAAAUUAUUGAAAAACCUGAGAAAAGUAUCAUCAAGGACAAUUCUUUGAAUUUGGUAGAAGAGCAUGUAUUGGAGAGAGAUGGUAUGCAGGACAAAAAACUACUUGCCAAACUGACAAUAUAUCACCGUCCUGGCGAUGAUGCUCAUCUCGGAGAACUGUACCUAGACCAUGACUACAUAGAGGACAAGUCUAAAGGGGCAACAUGCAGAUUUCUACUGGGAAACAAAGAUUCGGUGAAAAAAUACUUGGAUCAGUUCAGAGAGAUUUUUACAGAGGAAGGUCGCAGGGCUGUGAAGAUUACCACACAGAGACCUGGUCAGGCCCCUAUAGUAACCUGUACCCAGACAACUCCUACAACCAUUGCCACAGCAACAGUGAACCAGACUGGUACAAAACCUGUAUCAACUGCUGCACAGACUGUAGAAUUAUCUCAAGGUGCCACAAUGAGCCUGGGCAGUUUGAAAAGAUCUAUGCCAAUACAGUUGUCAUUGUCUAUAGGCCCUACUCUAGGUGGAGCCCAGCAACCACAGCAGAUCCAACAAGCAGGUAAUUCCAGUCAGGCAGCCAGUCAAAUUCAGGUAAACAUGCAGCCGGCAUCCAUCAGCCAAUCACCAUUAGCAACACAGAGAUUGCAGCAAGCUAGCCAAUCACAGUCUGCGUCUCAAAGGCUGAAACAGCUUGGAAUACAUACGAGCAUAGGUUCCAGAAACAACACACCAACAGCUAGUCCUGUUACAUCACAACCCCCAAUAGCACAGCUAUUUGGUAGCCCACCAUCAUCAGCGGGUGGGGCUCAGAUCUUAACCCAGCAGCAAGCAGCAGGCACUAGAACCCCCACACAUACCCCAACACCCACACCUCCACCCUCAAUAGUAUCACCACCUCCGCAGACUCCAGGGCUGGGCAGGAAGUCGAGCCUCACUGCAGAAUCCUCCACCAUACACCACAUGGCACAAACCACACACCAGGCAAAUGUUGGCAGUAUUGUACAAGGAGAGAACACAACCCCAGCCUCUACCAGCAUCAGUCAUCAACCUCAAGGUGUUGCCAACAUCAACAUUGCCAACAUUACAGGUAUACCACCUAACAUCAACAUUCAGAAUCUCACUGGACUGCCGGGUAUGAAUAUUGCCAAUCUACAGGGUCUGCAAAACAUGCAGGUGUCCCUCUCUUUACCUGGUGGCAGUAUAGCUGUUCCUAUCAGUAUGAUAAACACUAACUCAGCUGUGUUACAGAACCAGCAGGGAAUUCUGGGUGUUUCUUCUGGCGGUACUUCAUCGUCGAACACACCUAGUGGUGUGACAACAGUAAUGUCGGUAAAUCCAGGUCAGUCUUCUGUUGUUUCCAUGGUAACACAGUCUACAGCACAGCCACAUUCUGUGGCUACAACAUCACAUAUUGUCACAGGUGUCAUAACACAGCCAAGUAAUGUGAUACCAGGUACCAGUAUGUUGUCAGUACCAAUUAACCUGGCUGGUACACCACUGGUACCAGCUGGUCUCAAACCUGCCAGUCAGACAAUAAGAAGUUCCUCUUCAAUACCACUACAAUUACAGUUUGGUCAGCAGGGCAUACAGUUUGUGAACUUGCAACAACAGGCACGGCCACAGAUGAAGGCAGGUUCAAGUCUACAACAAAACCAGACCCUAACACAAGUGGGGGUUAAACCUUCAACUUCCAUACAGGGUCCUCUUACUACAGCAAUAUUACCCACUCACGGUCCUGGGCAGCAUGUGUUGUCCCAGAUCCCUGUGGGUAAGAGUGGUGGCCCAGCAGGUGGUAUUACAACAACAUUAACCCAUCAGCAGUUGGUACAACUACAGCCUCAGUUCCAGGCACAGUUACAGGCAUUCAAGAAUCCCAGUCAGGCACCCCAGCAACAGCUGCAGUUUCACCAGAUACUGAAACAACCGGCAGUACCAACACAACCGAACAUUACAUUUGGUGGCAAACCUAAAAACAAGAAACGAACUACUCCUACCCCACCAAAAUAACAUAUAUUAAACAAUGGUUCUAGUUCGCAUUGAGCUGAGUGGUCUAGUGAUACAAAGAUGAUCAGAUUUCUGAAUUUUAAACCAAUCUAUUUCUCUGUAGGCCUGAAAAAAAUCUGAGUGAAAUUUUUUUGUUAUAACAAUGAUUUGAUAACAUUGUCUGCAUGGACAUACAAAAUAAUAGAAAACUGGAGAGGCAUUAAUUUCCAGUGAAAUGGAUGUUUUGUAUAUUAGCAACAAUGUCCUGUGACUAGAAUAGAGAAGCUUUCAGGCUUUUACUUCGAUGUGACAUUUAGGUUAUUUAUCAUUUUUUCAUGUCCGUCACAAGUAACUGUUUAAAUCUGGAGUUAAAAUGGAUUUAAAGUAGAUUUAUAAGAAACAAUGGAUAAUUAAAGGAAGAUGUGGGCAUUCAUUUCUCAGAUAAUCUGAGUGUUUUGCCUUAUAUAUAGAUAAGCAGAUUUUGCACAGCAAUAUGAGAACGUGAAUAAAGAACACGUUCUCAUUUUAAUAAAAUUGUUAGUAGGUAUUUUUUGAUUCUUGUAUAAAGCUAUAUUUUAGCAUACUGUUAUAUGUUACUGUGAUAAAGAAUUGUAAAUAAAGUAUUGGUAUGUCUAAGUUGUUA